AGAUUACUGGCCCAACUGUUGUUAGUUAUAUAGACUCGACAAACUCGUAACGUAUUGAGCAGAAAAUUAAGAGAAAUAAAUUGUAUUUUUCAAUGUUGUGAUACAAAUUAAAAUAAGCUUUUAUAUUGUGAAACAUGCAUUUUAUCGGCGUGUAUUGUUUUUUGUCAUUAUUUAUUUUUGUUUUAUCUGAAACUAAAAAUCUUACAAAUAAAAGGACGUUUAUUGUUGAUUAUGAAAAAAAUGAAUUCCUAAAAGACGGGGAAGUAUUCAGAUUUGUCUCUGGUGAUUUACAUUAUUUUCGAAUUCCUAAGCUUUAUUGGAAAGAUAGAAUUCAAAAAAUAAAAGCCGCUGGAUUAAAUGCUAUAACAACUUAUGUAGAAUGGAGUUUACACGAACCGUUCCCUGGUACAUAUAAUUUCGAAGGGAUGGCUGACUUGGAGUAUUUCAUAAAAUUGAUCCAAGAUGAAGGAAUGUACCUACUAUUGAGGCCUGGACCAUAUAUAUGUGCUGAACGUGAUUUUGGUGGAUUUCCAUAUUGGUUAUUGAACGUUACGCCUAAAGGGAGCUUAAGGACUAAUGAUUCAAGUUAUAAAAAAUAUGUUUCUCGAUGGUUUAGUGUGCUUAUGCCAAAAAUGCAACCUUAUUUGUAUGGAAAUGGUGGGAAUAUUAUUAUGGUCCAGGUGGAAAAUGAGUAUGGGAGUUAUUAUGCGUGUGAUUCAAAUUACAAACUGUGGUUACGUGAUUUAUUUAAAAGCUACGUAGAAAAUAAUGCUCUACUCUAUACAAUUGAUAUAUGUGAGCAGAAAAAUUUUGAUUGUGGCCCAAUUCCAGAAGUGUACGCGACUGUUGAUUUCGGAAUUUCAUCAAACGCCUCCAAAUGUUUUAACUUUAUGAAAAAGUUGCAAAAAGGCGGACCACCAGUCAAUUCUGAGUUUUAUCCGGGUUGGUUGGCUCAUUGGCAAGAACCACAUCCUACAGUAAAUUCUGACGAUGUUGUGAGACAAAUGGAAUCAAUGCUAUCGUUGAACGCUUCGUUUAGUUUUUAUAUGUUUCACGGAGGUACAAAUUUUGGAUUUACAUCUGGUGCCAAUACCAACGACACUAACGAGAAUAUUGGAUAUGUACCUCAAUUAACAUCAUAUGACUAUGAUGCUCCGUUAACCGAAGCAGGUGAUCUGACUGAAAAAUAUUUCAAGAUUAAACAAACACUCGAAAAUGCCAAAUACUCUGGUACCAAUGAUACAUCGCUGACUCCAAUGCUUAAAGCCGCCUAUGGUGUAUACUAUUUACAACCAUUGGUUAGUAUAUUUGAAACGGUUACUCAUCGAAUCAAACCAGUAACCAGUGAUACCCCAUUAACGUUUGAAGUUAUGGAUAUCAACACUGGUUUUGUAAUGUACGAAACAACGCUGUUAAAUAAUAAUUUCCAAAAUCCAGUGAAUUUCACUGUGAACUCUGUAAGAGAUCGAGCAAUCAUAUACCUGGAUCAAGUUCAAGUUGGCACUAUGAAUCGAUUAAAAGCAAACACUACUAUGUUUUUAAACAUAAGUAAUGAUUCUUCUCAAAAACUGAGUAUUUUGAUUGAGAACCAAGGAAGGAUCAACUAUGGAGAUUUUAUCGAAGACAGAAAAGGAAUUGUGGGUCAUGUACUACUUGAAAAUACAAAACUGGGUCCGUGGAAGAUGAUUGCGCAUCCUCUAAAUGAAACGUCUUGGCUUUCUUCAAUCAAACCAGUGGAAAGUGUCCAAGCACCGGCAUUUUAUAGAACACAGUUCAUUUUAUCAGAAAAUUAUACGAAUACCUUAGAUACUUAUCUGGAUACUUCAGGUUGGACUAAGGGAGUAGCAUUUUUAAAUGAUAUAAAUCUAGGUCGAUAUUGGCCACUGGCUGGACCUCAAAUUACACUUUACGUGCCCGCUUCUUUUCUAAAGCCACCGCCCAAUGUCAAUACACUUAUUAUGUUUGAACUUGAAAGCGCACCUCAAGAUUUGGCAAUUAAGUUUGUAGAUAAGCCAAUUCUCAAUGGUCCAAUAAACACAUAAUAAUAUUAUGCUAUUUAUUACUAAUAAAUAUUAAAUAUAAAAAUAUAAUAUUUAUUUAAAAUAUGAA